UUUCCAGUUUACCGAAACCGCAAAUGUUCGGAAAGUCGGAAGAUUUGUUUCGAAGACCAUAAUCCCUCUCUUCGACGAACUGUAUUAAAUCCGCGCUUCGGAGCCGGCAAUAUAUUGCACGGCCGGCCAUCCAUCUGUGGCGAGCCAUCUCCGGUUUCUUCGGUUGGUCCCAAAAGCCAAAGUAUGACAAUAAAAGCAUUCGGGGCCAUUUCCCUUUCCACGGUGCAAAGUUUUCAACCUUCUGGAAGUAAACAAGUGUCAAAUACGAACAGGUACGUGCUAAACAAACCAGUCGGACUGGCCUGGGUGUUCUCACUUGGAAGAAGGGUACGUUGACCUGUGGUGUCCAGAACUCUGCUUAUCUGUUGCGUUUUGUAGUGGUUGGCUGAGAGCUUCUGCUUUGUUGCGUUUACAGCUAUUGGUACUCGCAAGUGUAAAAUGCAAUUGAUGAAGGCCUGAAGCUCUUAAAAGGAUAAGAAGUGUUCACCAACGCAUGAAGUGAUCCCAGGAAAAUGGCUUCCCUCGCCUUCAACACCUUGUCUCUCCCACCUUCUCAACCCAGGAAGCUUUCAGAAUCCGUGUCUGUAAAUGGAAUUCUGAAGCCAAUUACAAUUAGAGGAAGUCCUCCUACCUUCGUUUCUGCUCCAGGCCGCAAGAUCAUUGCUAUUGGUGAUUUACAUGGAGAUUUGGCACAAACAAGAUCUGCACUGGAAAUGGCUGGGGUUUUAUGCUCAGAUGGUUCAGAUACAUGGAUUGGUGGAGAAACGGUGGUGGUUCAACUUGGAGACAUACUUGAUCGGGGUGAAGAUGAAAUAGCAAUUUUAUCCUUACUUCGCUCACUAGAUAUUCAGGCAAAAUCUAGCGGUGGCGCGGUUUUUCAGAUAAAUGGAAACCAUGAAACAAUGAAUGUGGAAGGUGAUUUUAGAUUUGUUGAUCCAGGGGCUUUUGACGAGUCUAUCGACUUCAUUGAAUACUUAGAUGAACAUCAGAACUGGGAGGAAGCUUUUGUUGGAUGGAUUGGUGUUUCCGAAAGAUGGAAGGAGGAUAGAAAAUCAUCCCAAGACCAUCGGAAUCCUUGGAACCUUAUCAAGAGAAAGAAGGGCAUUGUUGCUAGAUCGUCUCUUCUGAGGCCAGGUGGUCUGUUAUCUUGUGAAUUGGCGCGCCAUGCUGUCAUAUUGAAAGUAGAUGACUGGGUGUUUUGUCAUGGAGGCCUACUUCCUCAUCAUGUGGCAUAUGGCAUAGAUAAAAUGAAUCAAGAAGUAUCAUACUGGAUGCAAGGUUUGUAUGAAGAUAAAGAUAGCCCACAAAUUCCUUUUAUAGCUACCAGAGGUUAUGAUAGCGUCGUUUGGAAUCGCUUGUAUUCAAGAGAUACUACAGACAUAGAAUACAUGAGUUGGCGGAUAUCUUCUAUUCUAGAAGAAACACUUCAAGCAGUAGGAGCUAAGACAAUGGUGGUUGGCCAUACUCCACAGUUUAAUGGUGCAAAUAGCAAAUACAAUAAAAGAAUAUGGUGCAUUGAUGUGGGCAUGUCAAGUGGGGUGCUUAAUUCAAGACCCAGAGGUUCUAGAAAUAAUAGAUGGCAAAGCAAGAGUUUUGAGGGAAAUCGAUGAUUCAACACUAUCAGAAGCUAUGGAUUAUUUAUGAAGCAUUUAAAUUGAUGUACAGGUAUGGUAUGUUCUUUGAAUGCUAUUUUAUUUUUUUAGUUAUAAAACUUCAUUCGAUAAGAUCACGCCAUGCACCAUAUGAAUAAAAGCAAUAACUUUCUAGUAUCCAUUUAUUAAUUCGGCUACAUCCCUUGAAGAGGCAAACUAAACUUAGAAUUUUAAGUGUAUAUGCCAGGAUUAAUUCAUUAAAAGACCUGCAGUUUUAUUGUUCGUUAAAGUUGAUAUGUACCACUUAUAAAAAUCUAUGAUUAGCUGAAGCUCAAAUUAUGUAUUUUUAUUUUUAAUCAGAAGUCAGUUCAAUCUUUCUCAAGACUGGGAACCAUUUGAGUUUCAUUGCUUUGGGCAUCUAUGAACUUUCAGAUAGUCUUAUCUUAAUUUCUGAAAUUCAGUUU